ACACGCCAUCAAGAUUUGGUUUUCACUUUUCAUAAAAAGGCUUCCCCGCCCAAACGCAACCUAACCAAAACCUUGUUUUGCCGACCUUUUGCAGUUGUACCUUUCGAAGAGACACAAGGAAAGAACCAAAAAGUUAAUCCUAACUCCCAAACAGCCCCCGGACGCUCUCCCAAUCCAACGAUCCACAAUCCACCUAACCUACCAUUUUUUUUUAUCUCAACCGUCACAGCACCUUGUUUUAAUACAUAUAUUUCUUUAUAUGCUCUUUGUCCUUUUCUUAAUCCAUUGUUUUGUUGAUGAAUCUUAUGUUACUCUUCCAGGUUCCUUAAACUAUCUCUCUCUCUCUCUCUCUCUCUCCCUUUUCCGUGAAAGUAAUCAACCUUGAUAAUGGAGGCAAUGUUGGUGCCAUCAUGGCUUGAAUCCUUGUUAUCUUCAGAUUUCUUCUCUGUUUGCUCCUCACACAAGGAUUCCCCACGUAGCGAAUGCAACAUGUUUUGCCUUGAUUGCCAGGAUGAUGCAUUUUGCUUCUACUGCCGAUCAACACGGCACAAAGAUCACCCAGUAAUUCAAAUUAGGCGAUCAUCAUAUCAUGAUGUUGUUCGGGUCACUGAGAUUGAGAAGGUUUUGGACAUUAGUGGAGUUCAGACUUAUGUGAUAAACAGUGCUAGAGUUCUCUUCCUCAAUGAGAGACCUCAGCCUAAGACUACUGGUAAGGCAAGCAGUCAUUUGUGCGAAAUAUGUAGGAGAAGUCUCUUGGACCCAUUUCGCUUUUGUUCAUUGGGAUGUAAGCUUGUAGGAAUUAAAAGAAAUGGGGAUGCAAGCUUUAUCUUAAGCACCAAGAAUGAUGAAAUCACGGAAAGAAUGCCAAGAAGAUUGGCAGCAAAGGCAGAAGAAGAAUUGCGUGAAGGGAUCCAACAAGAAAUGUACCAAAGCAUGCCUCCUCCAUCUCAUUCCAAUUCAAGAAGAAGAAAGGGUAUCCCUCAAAGGGCACCUUUAGGGCCUUAAGAACUUGCACAUCCAGCUCAUUCUCCACAUGUCCCAUGUGGGAUUAUUGUCCUAAAACCAAAGGGUAACCUGUCCUAAUGGGGGGUUUUAAUCAAAAGGUUAGGCUUAGGUUGCUUUUAAGGAUGGGCAUGGGCUGGCUUUGGAAACAAUUUAAUGUUGCAUUAAUAUUUGAAACAUGCAAAGGUGUAAAUGUUAUCUACACAUACAUGAACGGUUUUAUAUAAAGAAAGUAAGAAACAACAGCUUAACUCCUUU